CUCGCAGCGCCGCUGCGCUAUCUUUUUCGUCGGCCCUUUCCGCCAGUUUAUAGCCUCCGCGGGGUCCGCGCUUCUUUCCCAACAUACCUGCCUCCCCACAUCGCGCCAUCUUCCGCCGCCAGUUCUACCCUUCAGCACCGGCGCAGCCGAUUUGUAGCAACAAUGUCCAGCUCAAGAGAGGAGGCGAGAUGGAACCGCCUAGCGGAGUCGAUGACCUAUUUUCACGACCACUUCAAACACGAAUAUGACGCCGUCUAUCGGCUGGCGGACGGCUCGUUCGCGAAACAGGGCAUGUCGCUGCCCGCAUACCUCAGGAUGGCGGCGCAAUUGGCAAAAGGCCUGACUGUGCACCAUACGAUCGAGGAGCGCUACAUUUUCCCGAUACUGGGAAAGCGCAUGCAGCACUUCGCGGACGACGAGCUGCACCUGAAGUCGCACGAGGCGAUCCACCACGGUAUCGAUGACAUGACGCGGUUGGUGCGGAAGUGGCUCGACGAGCCGUCGACAUACAACCCGGAGGAGAUGCGUGCAUCUCUUGACAGCUGGCGCGAGGUCCUAUUCAGCCACCUGGACGAGGAGGUCAAGGACCUCGGCGGCGAGAACAUGAAGAAAUACUGGACGUUGGAGGAGAUGGACAGGAUACCCAUAUGAGGGGUGCACGAUUACAAAUUCCGAUCGGUUAUAUACUAUGAGAUAUCUUGAGGAGAACCGCGCGCCUGCGUAGAAAUUG